AUGGAGAAUCAUCGUGGAGAGAAGAAUAGAGAUAGCGAGUCACCUCCAGAAGAUGAUUGUUGUCCGAUUUGUUUCGGCUCCUUUACGGUUCCAUGUCGAGGGAAUUGUGGUCAUUGGUAUUGCGGAAAUUGCAUCUUGCAAUACUGGAACUACGCUGCAGUAUCUAGGCCUUGUAAGUGUCCAAUGUGUGUUCGUCACAUUACUAAGCUGUCACCAGAACCAUCGUUGCAACAGCGGCAAGAGCAGGAAGUGAAGGAGGUUCUUGCUAAGAUCCGUAGGUAUAACCGUCUCUUUGUUGGAGGUCUAACUGGCUUUGUUCAGAAGGUGCAUCUGCUGCCUUUGCUAAUGAAGAGAAUGGUGUGGCAUUUGAUGGAUCCUGAUGCAAACAAUCUGUAUUUUCACGAAGUUCGCAUCUUUGCAAUGUUCAUGAGUACCCUUUACACUGCCGCAGAGUUUAACUUCAUACCAACGGGAGGUUUCAGAAUAAUAACGGUCUUCGACUAUGCUGCUAUUGCAAUGAUCCUGAUUCUGCGCUUGGUAGGGAUUUAUCGGAGGAGACGUCUCGCUCAGCGGGUUAGGCAGUUUGCACUUGCGGCUGCAGAAGUUGAACCGGAAAGGGAACUUUAA